AUGGCAAAGGUGUACAACUUGUUCCUUUCUUUGUGUUUGGCUGCCAUAAUACCAGCCUUCCAAGCCAAUAUCUUAGAUAAUACUACAUAUGCGAAACAACAUAUCAACUUGGUUGAUAAUGAAUACUGGAAAGAAAGGGCAACAAUUGCUAGGAAGCUUAGCGAAGAAGCAUAUUUUCCUGAUCCACAUGCACUUUCUAGAAACUUCUCCUCUAUUAUUAUUGAAGACAUAGCUGGUAGCAAGCAUGUAAGAAGGAACUUGAAUGGUCAAAGGGCAGGAGUUGCAUGUGAGGCAACCAAUAACAUUGACAGAUGUUGGAGGUGUGACCCCAAUUGGGCAGAUAAUCGCCAAAAACUUGUAAAUUGUGUUCAAGGUUUUGGAAGAAAUACUACUGGAGGAAAGGGAGGUCCAAUCUACAUUGUUACUAGUCCUGCUGACAAUGACAUGGUUAAUCCAAAACCCGGUACCCUUCGCCAUGCAGUCACAAGAGAUGGACCUUUGUGGAUUAUCUUUGCUCAUAGCAUGAAUAUUAGACUCAACCAAGAGCUCAUGGUUUCUAGUAACAAGACUAUUGAUGGAAGAGGAGUUGAUAUCUACAUUACUAAGGGUGCAGGCAUCACUCUCCAAUACGUCAAUAAUGUCAUCAUCCAUGGAAUCAAGAUUCAUGACAUUGUUCCCGGUACCGGUGGACUUAUUAGGGAUUCUGAGAGCCAUUUUGGGUUUAGGACACGCAGUGAUGGUGAUGGAAUCUCCAUCUUUGGUGCCAGCAAUAUUUGGAUUGACCAUGUUUCCAUGAGGAAAUGCUCCGAUGGACUUAUUGACGCCAUUAUGGGAUCUACGGCCAUUACCAUCUCUAAUAGUCAUUUCACGGAUCAUAAUGACGUGAUGCUCUUUGGUGCCAAUGACCAACACACAAUUGAUAAGGUGAUGCAAAUCACCCUAGUUUUCAACCACUUUGGCAAGAGAUUAAUCCAAAGAAUGCCAAGGUGCAGAUUUGGAUUUGUUCAUGUUGUCAACAAUGAUUAUACUCAUUGGGAAAUGUAUGCCAUUGGUGGUAGCAGCAAACCUACGAUUAUCAGUGAAGGAAAUCGGUUCGUGGCUCCUGAUAAUAACAAUGCUAAAGAGGUCACGAAGAGAGUAACCAAUGAUGAUUGGAAGAAUUGGCAAUGGAGAUCAAUCAACGAUGAGUUUGUUAAUGGAGCAUUCUUCGUACAAUCUGGACCUGAACUAGUAAAGAGGCCAUUCUCAAGCAAGGACAUGAUUGUAGGAAAGGAUGGUUCAUACGUGCAAAGACUUACUUCCUUUGCUGGCUCCCUUAAAUGUAGAGUUGGUCAACCUUGCUAG